AAACAAAGUUAGGGGCAAAUUCAGUCAACGUGGAGCACAUUCUCUCAGAUAGAAUCGGAAAUCUUAAAGUCUUAAUUUUUCUCUGACCACGUUUUCUUUCAUCAUCAUCAUUCUUCUACAAACUGCUCAUCUCUCAAUAUUGUCCGGAAAUAAAAAAUUACGAAGUAAUAAAAAAUUCUUUGAAUUAAUUUUAUAUAAACCCUAUUUGACACUUGAUACUUAUGAACAACCGCAUCUUCUAAUCCCAGCUCACAAGUUUUCUUCAUUGUAAUUAGAAGAUGAAUUCAAUCAAUUCAAGAAAUGGGUUUUUCCCAGAUGAAGUAAUUCUUCAGAUUUUAUCAAGACUGCCAAUAAAAUCUGUCUUCAGAUUCAGGACAGUGUGUAAAUAUUGGUACCAAUUGCUCUCAGAAAGGUACUUUGUUCAUCUGUAUAAUGAAAUGUCAGUUAGAAGUUCUAUGAUUUUGGUUGAAAUUACUGAGAUUUCAGAGUCUAAAUCAAGCUUAAUUUGUGUUGAUUAUUCAAAGGGUGUAUCUGAAUUUCCAUUAAAUUUUCUGAAAGAUAGGGUUAAAGUUAGAGCCUCAUGUAAUGGGUUGUUAUGCUGCUCAAGUAUCCCUGAUAAGGGUGUGUUUUAUGUGUGUAAUCCUGUGACUAGGGAGUAUAAAUUGCUCCCCAAAUGUAGGGAGAGGCCUGUCACUAGGUUUUAUCCUGACGGUGAGGCUACUUUGGUUGGUAUAGCUUGUGAUUUGUAUGAUACUAGGAAAUUCAGUGUUGUGUUGGCCGGGUAUCAUCGCCCUUUCGGUUAUAGCCCGACUAAAACGUUUAUAUGUAUGGUGUAUAACUCGGAGAUAAACCAAUGGAGGAAGUUUGUGACAUUGCAGGAGGAACAUUUUACCCAAAUGAACAGAAAUCAGGUUGUUUUUGUGAAUGGGAUGCUACAUUGGUUGACAGUGAGUUAUUCGUGUGUAAUUGUGUUAGAUUUGGAGACCGACAUUUGGAGAAAGAUUUAUUUGCCAGAUGAAAUGAGUUAUGGAAAAGGAAAUAGGAUGUAUUUAUUGGAAUCAUAUGGUUGCUUGUCUGUGGUUCAAAUUUCUGAUGCUUCAAUGGAUGUAUGGGUGAUGGAGGACUAUGAGAAACAAGUAUGGAGAAUGGUUGAUAGGGUGAGUCUUAGAUGUAUCAGAGGAUUGGCACCGGGAGUUUUCCCUGUAAGUCAGACGGGUGAUUGUGUUUUCCUAGCUACACACAAGCAGGUGCUGGUCUACAAUAGGAGCACUGGCGUUUGGAAAGAAAUGUAUUCGGUGAAAAGCAAUUCAACACUUCCUCUGUGGUUUUCUGCAUAUGCAUUUCGGAGUACAAUAUUUUCGUUUCACUAAGUUGGCAAGAUCAGGUGAUUGUCUGUACAUAUUAUCUGAAACUCACGUACUAUUCUGCAUAUAGAUGAAUUUGGAAGUAGUCCUCUUGAUGUUUGUAAUCAAACCUGUGAAUAUAAAAAUAAACAGGAUAGUUGUAGCAGUAUAUUGUUAUCUUGUAAAUUUGGCUUUAUUCUCUUAAUGUUACAUACUUUACAUUGUCAUUGUCAUUGUCUUGGGUUCUUU